GUGAAUCUGAUGAGAACAUGCCCCUUUCAUAUACAGGCAAGUCUGAAUGGGACCUUUAUUUGAGUCUGGUCAAAUUGACUGUCUUGUCCUUCCAUUAAUGUACGCUGUAUGCCGUGUUUCGGCGCAGAGGGGUUGAAUGCCAACCAUGUAUCGUCGGGGACGUCCGACAUUCCUCCUUGGGUAAGUAUGCUGUCAAUCAUCCAUCCUUCCAAGCGAAUUGCCCGGAUGAAAGGGAUGCCGAUAUACCGUCUCCAUCUCGUUUGGACGGUUACAAGUGGCGGCCCACCCACGGCUCCUACGAUGAUCCCGUCGUAUUGGCGUAUUCAUGAUUCAUCCUGAUGGAAAAUGAUAAGUGGGGAACAAUUUCAUCUACUUACCAGGGGGCUGGAUCCUGUCUUCGUCGGAAUAUAUAGUCUUGGAUUCCAACAAUGGCUUUGUUGCUGUUUCUCUGGUCCUCACAGCCUAGCAAUCCACCAUGGCUAUAGUGCUUGACGUCCUGGGAAGCCACAACCUCUUGCAAGGGGUUGCAGUGGCUCUGCUUGUGGUCUUCGUGUCGAGUGUUUAUCAUGAACUAGCAGACAGUUUCCCAUACAAGAAUAUUCCCCUCAUCGGAAAAAGUAGGUGGGAGAUCACGAACACAAAGGCCAAACAGCGGUUUGUUACUUCGGCGAAAGAUCUCUUUGCGGAGGGAUUUAGCCAGGGCAGAAAAGCAUUUCAGGUCGUCUUCUCCUCUAGGCCGACAAUUGUUCUUCAUCCUAGCCUGGUGGACGAGGUCAAGAACCAUCCACUUCUUGACUUUAAUGAAGCCAACAAAAAGAAUUUCUUCGGAUCCAAGAUCCCGGGAUUUGAGCCGUUUGAUGGAUUAGACAACGAGGGUAUCUUCCUAGAGGUGAUUAAUAAGAAGAUCACUCAAGGACUUGGUCAAUUGACCACUCCGCUUUCGAGGGAGACUGCUGCAGUUUUGGAAGAAAAGAUUCCCGAGACUAAAGAAUGGGUGCCUUUUGCUUUUGCACAGGAGAUCCCCAAUAUCGUGGCUCGGCUGUCGUCUCUCGUGUUUCUGGGCGAGAAGAUCUGUCGCAACAAGCAAUGGCUGGAUGUCUCUGUCAACUACACCAUCGACGCCUUCUUUGCUGCCCGCGACCUCCGACUGUGGCCAUCCGUUCUCCGUCCUUUGGUCCAUUGGUUCUUGCCGUCAACCCGCAAGACCCGGAAAGACAUCAGAAUUGCCUCCGCCAUCAUCAACAGUGAAAUUGAAAAGCGGAAGCUCAUCCGGGAAGGCAAGCUCCCAGAGGAGGAUCCCCCAAGGACGCAUGCAGAUACACUGGACUGGUUCGAUGAGGUCGCAGCUGGGCGGCCGGUGGAUGUCACUCGGGCCCAGGUGGGCCUUUCUCUGGCGGCCAUUCAUACGACGUCCCAUCUUCUCACGAAUGUCAUGUACGACUUGACGGCUUACCCAGAGUACAUUCAACCGCUGAGGGACGAAAUCAAAGCUGUCGUCACCGAAGAUGGAGGCCUGAAAAAGACCAGCCUGACCAAGUUGAAGCUGAUGGACAGUGUGCUGAAGGAGACCCAGCGAAUGCACCCGGCUGGCAUCACCUUCCUCAAUCGCGUCGCGAUGGGAGAAAUCAUCCUCUCCGACGGCACCCGAAUCCCCAAAGGCGCCAGCAUCGCCGUCUCCGCGCACAAUCUCGAAGACGAGUCGAUCUACCCGGGGGCCAGCAAGUAUGACGGCUUCCGAUUCUACAAGAAGCGACGAGAACCUGGCAACGAACACCGCUACCAGUUCGUGACGACCAGCGCGGAGCAUUUCGCCUUUGGCCACGGCAUGCAUGCCUGCCCGGGGCGGUUUUUCGCCGCGAACGAGGUGAAAAUCCUCCUCAUCCACUUCCUGCUGCGAUACGACUGGAAGUUCGCCGACGAGCGCACGACCCGACCGACCAACUUCAUGCACGGGACUGAGACGAUCUGCGAUCCGACCGUGCAAUUCCUGUUCAAGUCGCGACAGCCCGAAGUUGAACUGGUAUGAUCGAUUCAAUGAUCCCAGUGUAUAUACCAUAGAAGUAUCUCAUACAUAAGCAGUAGAUGUCCCAUUCAUUCCACCAAUCAGAACAUCAUACCCAAACCUAAGACAUAACACGACAGUUCAUGAAUCAAGUUAUCCCAUCCUACCCAACGGCGUUACGCAUGCAUGCAGACCAGUCAUGCAUGGUCACCAGCCUAGUCAGCACAGUACAUGUGAAGUCACAACUAAAACCGGCUUAUGCAAGGGGUAG